CACUUCCGGGUUGGCAGUGGGGAGGAAAGGUCCGUUGCCUUCUCUACAGCGUAGGGGUGCGAGCGGACCCGGGCCUCCGGCCAAACCCACCUCCCACCAGCUUCAGCCUAUCGUUGGAUUUCCCAUUUCCACUGUUAACAUUGAUGGUCUUGAAAGUGCACUAGGAUUCAGAUAUUUCCAGGAAGCUCUCUAUCAAUGAACAACUCAAGACCCUCCUCACUGAUCUCGGUUUAAUGCAGACAGCUUGAUAUUACACAUCCUGCUCCUUACUUCAAGUUAAAUGAAAAAACAAUUUUCUCUAAUCUUCCAUGAAGCUCCGUUGUUGCCUGUUAGCUUUGAUUGUUAGUGCUGGUCUGCCUGCUGCUUUUGCACUGGAAAAUGUAGCUUCUAACAGGACAAUUACACCUGGGUCAAGAUCCAUUUCUCUGACUGCUUCACUUCAUCCAGUCUUCCGAGUCUUGGCAAACUCUCCACCACAUCAUGAUAUCAUAGCAAAGGAGGGGGCCAGUGCUUUAAUUGAAUGUAAACUGAACAUCAGCCAGUAUGAAUUUAUCCUUUGGUACAAUUCAAAAGCACAGCUGCUCAAUGAAAGAGAUGAAGGUGGAAGAUGGUUGAUCACUGACAGAAUCCUUAACAUUACCAGUGUAACUUUUGGUGACCGCGGGCGGUACACCUGUGCAGCCACUAAUCGUAAUGGCACCUCCUACUACACUGUCACUCUGAGGGUUGUCUUCACAUCGGGGGACAUGAGCAUCUACUACAUGAUUGUGUGUCUGGUUGCCUUCACAAUCAUCCUCAUUUUAAACAUCACCCGUCUGUGUAUGAUGAGCAGCCACCUCCGCAAGACAGAGAAGGCCAUCAAUGAGUUCUUCAGGACAGAAGGGGCUGAGAAGCUUCAGAAAGCCUUUGAGAUUGCCAAGCGCAUUCCUAUCAUCACAUCUGCCAAAACCUUAGAGCUGGCCAAAGUUACCCAGUUUAAGACCAUGGAAUUUGCUCGAUACAUUGAAGAGCUUGCUAGAAGCAUCCCUCUCCCACCUUUGAUCCUCAACUGUAGGGCAUUCAUGGAGGAGAUCUUUGAAGCAGUGCGAGUUGAUGAUCCUGAUGAAGUUGGUGACACCAAACAGACCCAGGCCCUUACUACCCAAGAUGCAAUCUACCCCAUCAACCCAGAGCUCAAGCGCAGUAAUUCACCAGCAGGGGACUCGGAUGAUGGCUCCAUGAAUGAGCAGGGUCAAGAAAUAGCAGUCCAGGUAUCGGUCCACCUUCAGUCAGAAAUACAAAGCAUUGACACUGUUUCCCAUGACAGCUGCCAUUCUUUACCAUCUGAAGAAGAGGCCUGCUGAAUCCUGCAAGGUGGGAUUAUUAAAGGUGCAUCUGAUUUUUGUAGGGCGUCGUGAGAAAAGGAACCAUAGUCAAAUGUGCACAAGAAAUAAUGAAUUUUUUUCCAGAAUUUGAGGUGCCAAAACUAUUACCUAAGUUGGGCAUUUCCUCAUCUAUGUUUCUCAGUGCUGAUCUAUAGAUGUAAAGCCUGCUUAGAUGAGGCCAUUUGGAAUACUCCUUCGCAACAAUUUUGUAAAGCAAACAUACUCCACUGGAAGCAUUUCACAAAAGGGAUGAUUCACACUCAAUUUCUUGGUCUCCUCAGUUACUAUAUCAGAGGUGGCUAAAUUGAGCUAAACACCUGCCAUAGGAUCCUUUCCUUUGUGAACUGUUUCUUCAUCUACACAAAGAAAUCUGAAUUCUUUCAGAUUCAAGUCUGCCUGCAUUAUUGUCAUGACGAUUUGAGAGGUGUGCUCUUCUUGAAUUGCCUCUUGAUGUGUGCAGCCCAUCAAAACCAUGGGCUUUGGCAAAUCUGCUUUGUGUAUUUUGCUUCUGUCUUUCCAGCAAAAUGUACUGUACUUAGAAUAAGGAAUAGUGCCAGACUGUGCAUCUGGAUUAAAUUGUCGUUGUUUCAAAGCAGUUUAUGGAAUAACCAGGGCUCUCAGGUUUUGAUGAUUCUGCAGAAACUUACCAAAAUGCCGUUGUAGUAUAUGGAAAAUUAAAUCUUGAUUUUGACAUAAUCAGCACCACGGUUAAAUGACCAGUAUUGCCAGAUGCCUUCUCUGUUUCUGUUUUACAUGGCAGGACAGGAAGGCAGCACUGCUAGUAUUAUCUGCCCCCGAACCUUAUUGACUUUACUCACUGCAGAAAAUCCAAAGGAUUGUGGUGGAUUUGACAUUGCCGUGAGCAAGGGAUGACGAGCUGGUAGUUGGUUGUCCUAAAAAACAAAAAAAAUCUACAGAUCAAGUGUCUCAGGCAGUUGUUUCUAAACAACAUUAACAAGAAAAGUGGGGGGAACUUAAAUCCAGUUUCUUAGCUGUGGCUAGUUAUGUCUCGCUGAUUCUGCUAUCUGCAGUAACCCUCUGGCCACGCCCUCUUUCAUUUCUAGCAAGCCCCGUGGUAAGAGCUGCAAGAAGAUCUAGCACCGGAGCUGACCAUACAUUGCCCUGUGCUAGUAAGAGACUCUCCUGUGCCAGGAGAUUCCUCAGAUGAGGAGAUCCAAGCCCUAGGAACUGGAAUGUAGAAGAGAAGCUGACCCCUGGUUUCGCUUUUUGGUGCUGAUCUUUUCCUUUUUUUUAUUUAACAUUUACAAGUGUGUCACUUAAAUUGCAUUGAGAUUUAAAUAUAUGUAAGGCUUGUAAGCACUCCACAAAUUAAUUUCUUACAACUGCUGGAAGCAUAUUGCCAUAUAAUUUUAACAACUUGGCAACAGGAGCACCGCUUAGCUUCCCACAUCUCUUUCUUUGCUUCCUAUGUUUGAAAGGUGACUUGAGCGAGUGGUUUCCAGAGGGAACAGUCAAGAUUCUUCAGAGAUUUUAAGGUUACGUUUACAGGUGUGGAGGUGGAUGACAAACAGAUACAGGAGUGCCAUUCUGAAAAGCACAGUCAUCUGCGGUAAUACAUCCUUGUAAUAAAUGGCAUGACUAAAUCCUAUUUAUGUGUCAGUGUUAGAGAACUAGAGGUUGAAGCGUUUUUAAGUUCUUUCCCUAGAAGCUUCUGAAGCCAAACCCAAGUAAUGCAGGGCUAGCAGAGCUUGUCUUGACUGAGAGGCCUGUGUUUAUCAGGAACAAAGGAGUUGCUGACUGGAUCAGCCCAGUAAUCCAUCUAUUCCAGUCUCCUGUUUCUGACAGGUGGCUGUGCUUCAGAGGAAUAGAUCUGGAAUAACUUGCCCUUAGUGAGAGAUUCUUCCUCACCCUCAUAUAGCUAGAGGUUGUUUAUGCUCCUCUUCAUCUUAAGGGUUUAUAUUCCUUUCUCAGCUCUUUAUUUAUUCUUUAAUAGUCAUGGUUCUAGCUCUGGAUAUUCUUGUUGUUCAGAUAAAUGGCCAAUCCUUUUUUGCAUCCUGCUAAACUGCUGGCCUCAGUGAUUCCUGGUGGCAGUGAUUCUGCAGGCUAACUGUGCAUUCUGGUGAAAAGAAUUUCCUUUGAUUGAGUUUGAAUGUCAUAGCUCAAAGAUGUUAAGGCCAGAAGGGAUGACCGUGUAGUCUAAACUUGUAGGGUCCCCAGGCCAUAGGGUUUCCACUUCACCAUGCCUGUCUUUCAGAGAAGCUGCUGUGCCCCUCUUUCAAACUGUCACACUACAUAUGGUGGCAGCAUCCUUAAUGUUUUUGUCCCGAUGUUAUAAAUGCAAUUUGGAGAUGGAACUGUAAAAUCAAGGCUCCUUUUAAAUACUUCCAAACCAGCAGAUGUGCAAUAAUGAUUGACAGAUGUCUCAUCAAAAAUGGCAGCUUGCGUGCAACAAAAUGACACUGGAGCUAUGUGAGAUCAGUGUAAGAGAACAGCUCCCUAUUUAACUGAAUCUGUUCUUUAAUUUGUAUAGUUUAUGUAGAUAACACUGCGUUCUUACUAAACCGAGUCUGUGUUUGCCUAUCGAUCUGUUUCAUCUGGUGUCUGAGUAGUAGAGAGAAAGGACUUGUUCCAUUAGGCCAGAAAAUACAGAAAUGAUGUGCUGGAUAGUAACUUUUAAAAAAAAAAAAUCCAAAAUCAAAUGGCCAGUUUACCAUAGUAAUAAGUCAUUUCACUUCUGGGAGAGAGGCAGUUUUAUAGGAUUUUCAGUAUAUAAGUAGCAUUUAUGAAGUGUAGAGCCCAAUCUUGUUUCCACUGAACUUAAUCAGAGCAGGGUUGGAACCUAAUAUGACAUCAGCGAGUGUAUUGAACAGAUUCCUAUGACACUGUGAGCCGGGAUGAUGAUGAUGAUGUGUAGAACCCAUAAUUUCCAGAUAAUGGACCCUAACAUAGUGGUUUCCAAACAAGUUGACCUAUUACUCCAAGGUUAGUGAUAUCUGUUACUGCUUGGAUUUUUUUGAUACAUCUAACUAAAAUUUAUUUUGGAAAGAUUACUUAAACCUCGUACGUGGGAGUUUUUUUAAACUCCUUGUAAAAGAUGCAUGCUUUUUCUUAGCUUCAAUUAAUGUCUCUGACAAUCACAUGGCUGUUUUAUCUUUUCUUCCUAACCUCAAUUUUACUUUUUGUACUGUAAACUCUACUUGUUAGCCAAGAUUGUAUCUAAAAGUAACUUUGUCUUGGUUAUUUGUAUUCUAUAGAGUGCAAUGUGACUGUGUUAUGUAACAGCAUAUGAUUCAUACUUUCAUAAAAUUAAUUGGUAGAUUGGCAGAAUAAAUUUAGCAAAAAAAACC